ACAUAGUACAUAGUACAUAGUACAUAGUACAUAGUACAUAGUAUAUAGUAUAUAGUAUAUAGUAUAUAGUGCAGGUCAGGGCGGCUUUGAACUAUGAGUGAGGCCUCCCAAAAGGGUGUGCAGUGCCACUGACGUGUGACGGGAAUAGGCUCUUUUACAUCUUCAGAGUCUCACUGUGUAGCUCACUAUAUAGACCAGACUGGCCCCAAACCUACAGAGAUCCGCCUGCCUCUGCCCAAGUGCUAGAUUUAAAGACACUUUAUUUCUAGCUUACUGUCUGUAUUCUUUAAGACAUAGUUCUUCUAUAGAAGUUUUUUUCAUAGUGAAGCAUUGGUUUAGUGAAUAAUGCAUCUUACUCUUUUUACAUAAAAGUAUCAGUUACAUGACAGUUUUGUAAAAUUUGUAAUUUAUGCAAAGUCCUUUGCUCAUGGUAAGCACACCAGACAAGGGGAUAGUACCAACGAGACAUAUUAGCCUUUAAGGGCUAAGCCAUCUCUCCAGCCCAAGACAUAAUUUUCUAAAACUUCAUCCUAAUAUAUUUACUAUCUAAUCCAUGUUAUCUAAUAUGAUUUUCAGGAUUAACUUCUAGAAAAGAGAGUCUGUCUUUGCAAGGUCAGCAUCAUGCUAAAUUCAUGCACAGUGGUUAUAAGGAUGAGUCUAAAAGUACUGAGUAUCUGUAUUUCCCCCACCACUUUGGUAUAUAAGCCAAAUAUCCAAACUACAACCUCACUAAAGAAUAAAACUAUGAAGUAGAGCUAGGUGUAGUGGUGCAUAUCUUUAUGCCCAGCACUUAAGGGAGAGAGACAGAGGCAGGCCGAUCUCUGUAGGUUCCAGGACAUUCUCAUCUACUUAGCAAGUUCAGGGCUAUGUAGAGAGACCCUUUAUCAAAGCAAACAAAAAGAACUCUGAAGGAAAAAGCUACAAGAAAAAUUAAAGUAGGUUAGAAACUCUUUUCAAAGAUCUAUAAUAUAUAAUCAUGCAAUUUUAUAUGCAUGUAAUAAUAUAAUUUGGGCGUGCUCUUUUUUUCUUGUUUUAGGCAAGUCAGCAGGGGUAGUUGAUGGUCUUGGGAUUAAAUCCAGGGCAUCGCUUCUGCUAGGCAAAUCCAUUCCCAAUUGGCAUCUUGGUAAACCUUGUUGGUAAGAAGGAGGAGCCACACAGUGUAGAGGAUGCAGGAAGGGCACCAAGGUCUUUUAGGGUUCAUCUAGAGCCUCAGUGGUUACUUUCCUUUUUUUUAUUUUGGUUUUAUUGUCAUUGUUAUUUUGGUUCUUGUUUUGUUGGUUUUUGAUUUUUUUGAGAUAGGAUCCCCUAUGUGUGACCCAGACUAAACUGAAACUUGUGUGUUUGUACUUCUGCUUCAUGAGGACUGGGAUUAUAGGCUUGUAGCACACUGGGCUUCUGCUUUGGCUUUAUGAGGACUGAGGAUAGAGGGUUAUAGCACGCUGGGAUUGAUAAUUACUUUAUUUAUUCAUUUAUUCAAUUUAUUUGGAGAGGUCUUACUUUAUAGCACUGACUGGGCUAGGACUCUGUGUAGUCUAGGCUUGCCUAGAAUUGAGAGAUCUGCCUGCCUCUGCCUUCCUAGUGUUAGGAUUAAAGUCAUGUGUCACCACUCCCAGCCAGUGACCACUUUUGAAAAGGACAGAUAUUUCUGUGAGCUGGUAUUUCCUGUGGUGUGCUUCAUGUCCAGCCAGUCCUCGACCUAGUUCUUUCAAAGGACUCUAAUAUCACUAGUAGAUAAUCACUGUAUAUUGAUAAACUAAAGGCUGAAAACCCCCCAGUAACGACAAAGGUGCUUUUUAGCUUGAGUUUUCCAAACUCAUUAAUCUCCCAGGUCAUGGGCAUCCAUAAGAUCUUCCACGAACACCCAGAACUUGCUUGGAUAAGCAGAGGACUUACAUUAUGAAAGCAGUGUGUCAGGUACAGGGAUGGAGCAGCAUGUAGGAAGGACAGCAAACAGAAGAAUGGGAAGCAGUUGGAAUCAUAUGGCAUAAAGAACACAUCCUAGGCACAGUAACUAACUCAGACAAUUUUUAUUGAGCUUUUACUCUGUGCCAAGUACUGUUCUAGACCUAAGGAAUCUGGGGUGGGGGAUGAAACCUAGCCCCUCAAAAUCAUUAUCCUCUUGAAAUUUAUGUCGGCAAGUAGAUAGAGCAAAGAAACAGACAUGGCUAGUGGUGAAGCAUGCUAGCAGAAGUCAGCAAAGGAAAAGUAGGAUCAGCAGAGUAGAGUUAGAGGGAAGCCUUCCUGAGGACUGGAUUUGCACCAACUUGAGUCACUAAGGAAGAAACAGUUGUGAGCUAAUAAACACAGAGAGCAAGCAGCAAGGACUUUGAGUAGGAAACCAGGAUGCCUGGUGUAGGAAUGGCCCAAGGGAUAGGGAGGGAAGACGACGCAUGAGCACCACUUAGACCCUGUAGAGUCUAAGAGAACAUAGUAAGGACUUGAAAUUUUUGUACUGAGUGCAACUUGAAUCCAGUGAAGAAUUUGAUCCAAGGAAUGGCAUGAUGUAACACUUAGUUCUUAGUAACCACUCUGACUUGUGUUUAGACUGGAGAACAGGCUGAAAAGAGACAGCAUUGGUUCUCAUGCUCCUAAUGCUGUGACCCUUUAUACAGUUCUUCAUGUUGUGGUGACCCCCAACUACAAAAUUAUUUUUAUUCUUGCUUCAUAACUGUAAUUUUUCUACUGAUAUAAAUCAUAAUGUAGGUAACCUGUGAAAGGGUUGCUUAAUGCCCCAGGGGUCAUGAUCCACAGGUUGAGAACCACAGGUUUGGAGUCAUUACCAAAGCCCAAGCAUAAAGUGGCAAUGGCUUGCACCAGGAAGUGGUGAUGCAGAGGAUAGUAAGCAGUCAACUUCAGGGUGAAUUUUAAAGGUAAGAAUAGAUAGGUAUCUGUCACGUGGUACUCUGGGUUUUACCCUAGUUACUUAAUCUUUCAUAAAACCUUUUGAAAUAAUUUUCUGUAGUUUAUAGUGGAAACCACACAUAGCACAAGAAAGUAGCCUCCCCACAUCCAUACAGCUGAGUGGCAAUGGCAUGGAAUUUCAAUGAAACUAAGCAUUAUAACUGUGCAGCCUGUGCUGCAAGUAUAGUAUGACACCACCACCGCCGCCGCCACCGCCACCUCCACCACCACCACCACCACCACCCCCCCCUCCAAGCCUCUGUUCCCUCAGGAAAACACCAUGCAAUGCCUUUACUCUCCCUCCAUGUUUGUGCUAAAACUCCUAAUCAGUUUAGUGCCUGGCUAGUUCUAUAGCUUUGCCCCCCCCCCCUCCAUGAGACUAUUUUUGAAAGACUUAUAAAAUUUCUUGGGGACAAAUACAUCUUCUGGCUAAGUCUCCUCAUGGGAAAAUGAUGUUGGUUCACUGUCAACUGGUAUUGAACAGAUAGGAGUAUAGAUGAAUAAGAUAUAGCCAAGAGUUCUUUGGGGGUUGAUUCUGACAUUUCUUUGAUACAUUAUUUUACCCUAUACCCUAUCCUCAUUUCACAUAUACACCUUGUUAGACAAAUGUGGUAGCAAGCAGGGCUGCCUCUUAUUUCUCAGUUCAAAAAGGCCUAGGUGCUUGGACUCAAAUGGGCAUGUUAGAGAGGGAAACCUGUUACUACAGCUGAUAGAUACCGCACUUACUUUGUCUGUUUUCCUAAGCUUGGGGCCUUUAGUACACUUUCUAAAAGGGAAGAAGCAGGCCUAGGGAUUUUUAUAAUUUUUUUCCAGUUGUAAUAGCACUGCUGUGCCAAUCAAAUUGAAGUUAAGCUCUCUUCUAAAACUUAUUGAACUCUAAUUCUAAAAUAGUGGAUGUCUAAAACAGUUUGAGAAAAGAAUAGAUUCAGGUAUCUAAGGAAUUUGACAGGAUUUGGUAGUGUACCAGGUUGCCAUGAGGCAAGUAUAAAGCAAGGUUGGUAUAUAACUAAAUAUGAGUCAUGAGAGAUGAGAUUCAGAAAUGGGCAGAGAGCACUAUUCUGUUUGCCAUGGACUUUAGUUUUCCCUUUGCUGCUUCCCGGGAUGAUAGGGCACCACUGGGUGUCAGAACCUUGGAGAGUUCCAAACAGCUUGGUUUCAAUUGUGACUGCACUUGCCCUCGUGGCCCAUUGGACAUAGGCUCUCUCCUGUGAUGCUAAAGCAAACCUGGUUAUGUGUUUUCAUGGACUCCCCAGUGUAUACUAGCACUAGAGCACAUGGAGAUCUUCAGGCAGGAGACACUAGAGAUCUCAGCUCAUCUGAUGGAAUUAUCUUGCUAAUCAUGGCCGGUUAAAUGAAUCUGAAGCCAGAAGAAAAUUCUGGCAAAUUCUGUCUGCUGUUGAUUAUUGCCACAGCCGGAAGGUAGUGCACCGUGACCUGAAGGCUGAAAAUCUCCUGCUGGAUAACAGCAUGAAUAUCAAAAUAGCAGAUUUCGGCUUUGGAAAUUUCUUUAAAACUGGUGAACUGCUGGCAACAUGGUGUGGCAGCCCCCCAUAUGCAGCCCCAGAAGUCUUUGAAGGGCAGCAAUAUGAAGGACCACAGCUGGAUAUAUGGAGCAUGGGAGUUGUUCUUUAUGUCCUUGUCUGUGGAGCUCUGCCUUUUGAUGGACCAACUCUCCCUAUUUUGAGACAGAGAGUUUUGGAAGGAAGAUUCCGGAUUCCAUAUUUCAUGUCAGAAGAUUGUGAACACCUCAUUAGAAGGAUGUUGGUCCUAGAUCCUUCCAAACGGCUAAGCAUAGCUCAAAUCAAGGAACACAAGUGGAUGCUCAUAGAGGUUCCUGUACAGAGGCCUAUUCUCUAUCCACAAGAACAGGAAAACGAGCCGUCCAUUGGAGAGUUUAAUGAACAGGUUUUGCGACUGAUGCACAGCCUUGGGAUUGAUCAGCAGAAGACUAUUGAGUCUUUGCAAAACAAGAGCUAUAAUCACUUUGCUGCCAUUUAUUUCUUGUUGGUGGAACGUCUGAAAUCACAUAGAAGCAGUUUUCCUGUGGAGCAGAGACUUGAUGGCCGCCAGCGCCGGCCUAGCACCAUUGCUGAACAAACAGUUGCCAAGGCACAAACCGUGGGGCUACCAGUGACCUUGCAUCCACCGAACCUGAGGCUGAUGCGGUCUACCCUCCUCCCGCAGGCAUCCAAUGUGGAGGCCUUUUCAUUUCCAGCAUCCAGCUGUCCAGCAGAAGCUGCCUUUAUGGAGGAAGAGUGUGUUGACACGCCAAAGGUGAAUGGCUGUCUGCUUGACCCUGUACCCCCUGUCCUGGUGAGGAAGGGAUGCCAGUCCCUGCCCAGCAGUAUGAUGGAGACCUCCAUUGAUGAAGGAUUGGAGACAGAAGGAGAGGCCGAGGAAGACCCCAGUCAGGCCUUUGAAGCUUUCCAGGCCACACGCAGUGGGCAGCGACGGCACACUCUGUCAGAAGUGACUAACCAAUUGGUUGUGUUGCCCAGGGCAGGAAAAGUUUUCUCCAUGAGUGAUAGCCCCUCCCUUGACAGUGUGGACUCUGAGUAUGAUAUGGGGUCUGCCCAGAGGGACCUGAACUUUCCAGAAGACAGCCCUUCCCUGAAGGACAUCAUGUUGGCCAAUCAGCCAUCGCCUCGCAUGACUCCUUUCAUAAGCCUCAGACCUGCCAACCCAGCCAUGCAGGCUCUGAGCUCACAGAGGCGUGAAGCCCAUAACCGGUCCCCUGUGAGCUUCCGAGAAGGCCGCAGAGCGUCUGAUACUUCCCUUACGCAAGGAAUUGUAGCAUUUAGACAGCAUCUUCAGAAUCUUGCUAGAACCAAAGGAAUUCUGGAGUUGAACAAAGUACAAUUGCUGUAUGAGCAAAUUAGGUCAGAUGCAGACCCUACCUUAACAUCGACUGCUCCUCAGCUCCAAGACCUUUCGAGCAGUUGCCCUCAGGAGGAGAUCUCUCAGCGGCAGGAAAGUGUCUCCGCCCUCUCUGCCAGCAUGCACCCUCAGCUUUCACCACAGCGAAGCUUGGAAACCCCGUACCUGCAGCACCGACUCCAGAAGCCCAGUCUUCUGCCAAAGGCCCAGAAUGCUUGUCCGAUGUAUUGUAAAGAACCACCUCGAAGCCUGGAACAGCAGCUACAGGAACACAGGCUCCAACAGAAGCGACUCUUCCUGCAGAAGCAGUCUCAGCUGCAAGCGUAUUUUAAUCAGAUGCAGAUAGCAGAGCGCUCCUACCCUGGACCAACUCAGCAGCUGGCUCUUCCCCACCCGGAGACUGCACCGACACCUCAGCAGCCCCCAUCCUUCAGCCUGACCCAGGCCCUCAGCCCUGUCCUGGAACCCUCUUCUGAGCAGAUGCGAUUUAGCUCUUUCCUCAGCCAAUACCCAGAUAUGCAGUUGCAGCCCCUGCCCUCUACGCCCAGCCCCCGGGCUCCACCUCCCUUACCCUCACAACUGCAACAGCAGCAGCAGCCACCACCCCCACCCCCACCCCCUCCACCACAGCAGCCAGGAGCUACUCCAGCCUCCUUACAGUUCUCCUAUCAGACUUGUGGGCUGCCAAGCACCACUUCUUCUGCACCAAGCUAUCCUGCUUCCUGUCACUAUCCUGUGGACGGAGCCCAACAGAGCAACCUCACAGGGGCAGAGUGUCCCAGGAGCUCAGGACUUCAGGAGGCCCUCUCUGCGCUCCCUGGACUCUUUGACUAUGAAAUGGUAGAAGCCGUGGACCCACAACACAAUGGAUUGAAAAUGGGGGCCGCUCAUUUCAGGACUGCAGGAACAGACCGCAACAGAUUGGCAUAAACCCCUGCCCCCCAACAGGCUGUGAGCUGCUUAGCCCAGGAGACCUAGCAGCUAUGGCAGGACAGUUAGGCGACAGAUGAGGGGCUGCGGAGAGGCUGUCAGAAGGUUAAAGGCUGCAGAGAGAAGUUGGGAACCUCAUCAGCGGCCAAGCCUGUUAGGCACUGACACAGAGAGGAGGUGAGGACAGUCGCCUGGUGAAGACCAAGAAUCAUCCAGCUGGAACCAGUCGUAAGCUCCCAUUUUCUCCUUCCUCAGUUUCAAGUAGACAUCCCUAGUUCCACGGCUACCUUUAUUUCAUGAGAUGGAGGCUGGUGAGAGUAGACGAGCUCUCUGCUCAUCUGAUUGUUUCUGUGUCUGCCCCUAACUAGUGACCCAUGGAAGCUUGCAAGUCGUUUCUCCUCACAAGUACUAAAGUAACACUAAGGCGGCUUAGGCCCACUCUUGUGGAGAGGCAGCUUUGAAAUACUGACAUGUUUGCCUGUCGGUUCACAUCAGCAGUGUGUACACUACUGUAUAGUAACCCUUAGCUUUGUUAUCUUGUAAACGAGCCUCUCCAAAGAGACUGGUGAUUCAAACAUGAGGUAAAAUUUUCAUUCAGCAAAAAGUGCAAUAUGUGUGGUACUCUUUUAUUUUUUGCUUAUGGUCUUUUGUUAUCCGUAGGUAUUAUUACUCUGUGCUUUGGGGGAAAUGCUUUAGUUUUGCAAUUUCCGAUUGGGCAAGUGUGUCUCUAGUAUUUACAUGCAACUGACAUGCUGGUCCCUGUAAGGCAAAGAGAGGGUGUUAAUACAACAGAAAAGCAACGGAUAUGGGGUCCCACUCUAUUCCCAGGGAGCUGCCUGACCAGCACCAGCCCUCAUCCUGCCCCUGACAUGGCCUGCCUGAACUCUGCCACCUUAGGAAAAAAGAUGGGGGCAGUUCUGUAUGUCCAUAACCCUCUAGAAUCUACCCAGUGGGAGACAAUGAGGGCCCAGGGAAAGCCUUUGGAAGUGAUGGGAGGUAUAAGAGCUGGUCUGAACAAAGCCCUUCCUCUUGCUUUGCAUCCUAGGAAAAAGGAAGCCAAGGUCUCUUUAUCCCAGAAAUCGAGAACUCAGAAAUAUUUAAACUGGGUCCUGGUGUCAGGGAGGGAGGGAGGACUUCAACCUCUGCCUCUCAUGCUCCCUCCUAACUUUUGUAAUUGAGUUACUGCAUUGUUACAGGACCCCCCAUUCUGUACGCUCCCCUCCUUCCCCCUGUUGGACAAUUCACCCUGUGGAGUAGCACCCUCUGCCCUGCCCCAGAGCUCUGUUAAAUAGGAUAGUCAUCACAGACCCCUCUACCUAUACCCUAGGAGCACCACACCUAAGACAGGGCUACUAGGACUGGGGAAAGGGUAUGCUCUCGGCUGGAGAGAGACCAUGUGGUGAACCAGAAACUGAAGGAGCUAAAAGCAGCAGCUUCUAGGCCAGCUGAUCAAGGACCCCAGGUGUGCCAGCAGCUCAGGACAUGGGACCCAUUGGGCUCUCCUUCCUCUACAGGUUCUCCAGCCUCUAAUCAAGCCUGCUUCUUAAAUCUAUCAGGAUCAGAGUUUCUCCAGUCUGGAUUACACUCAUGCCAACAGUGAGUUAAGUUCCCUGUUGGUUUACAGAAAACUCAUAGCCCAGGUGACUUUUUCACAUUCCUCCUCCUCUAGAGACAGUGUGUAGUGUCCCUUGAUGACAGUGAUUGAAGUGGCAGUCGCAGAGUCCCUGUGCCAGGGCUGACCUUUGCUGUGUUUGUGCCCCUAAGCUGGGCCGCUGCUACUGCCUCCUUGGAAGCCACACAAGCCGCUCCUUCUCUCUGUGCCUAGACAUCAAAGGUAGAAACUGGAGAACAGGUAGUAAGUUGGAGUCAUUGUCCAGGCAGGGACUUUUGUCAUUUUGUUGGUUCCCUGGCUCGGGAGCUCAGAGAAGUGAGAGAUUCCAUGACUUUCCCACCAUUUCCCUGGCAUGUGAGUGAGAUACCGACCGACCCUUCAAAGGUUCUGUGGGCCCUGGAGUCUCUGGCCUCCCAACACCUUCUCGCUGAUUGCUUGAGCCAUUUUCACCGGUUCCAACAGCCUGGCUGAUUCUGGAAGACUCCCAGCAUUCCUAGUUGCACCACAUCAUCUGUCCACAUUUUAUGUGAGCAAAUUGGGGCAAAUGUCUGCACUGAUUGACAGACAGCUUAGGCAAGUGUGGUUCUUACGAGUCCGAGUCCCGUUUACUCAGCUUGCCUGCCCAUAUUCACAGCAAUUUACCAAGCACUUCCGAGUGCUUGCUUAGAUCCCUCAACACUUCUGUAAGCUUAGCUAGAGAGAGUCUGUCCAUGUUUCUGAGAAAAGCAAAGCUCUUAAGGAUACAUGACUUAGCUGAGGGCACAGAGCUCAGAAGUGGAGGUAGCAGGGUCAAGCUCCUUCCUUGCCUGGCUUUUGGCUUGUGUUGGAGCCCUGCCCCCACAACUGCAGCCUCCAUAGAUGCCUGGCUCUAAGUGCUCUUGAGUGAUAACUGCAGCCAUCUGGGUGACUUGCACUGCGCAGGGAGACACAGACACCUUUCUAUAAGUAUAUAUUGGAAGGACAUGCCCCUCCUUUAUUUCCAAAGGGCAGAAAGGGACCAACAGAGUCGACUCGAGAAGAUAGACGCCCAGAGAAUCAUGAACUCAACCUUUAUCCUAAAGGGAAGGCACUAGAACACCUUUUUCUUUUGAAACACGGUGUAGCCCAGGCUGUCCUGGCACUCACUCCGUAGAGCAGACUGGCCGCAAACUCAGAGAUGCUCUUGCCUCUGCCUCCAAGUGCUGGGGUUAAAGGAAUAUGUCACUAUGCCCAUUGAAUUUCUUCACAAUUAAGUCCUGACAAGUAGGAAGGCUUAUUCGACACUUUCAGGAUUACAGAAUGGUAACAUGCUUGAUGGUAGAAUGCUAGGACUUUUCAGAACCAAAAUGGGCGAGUAAGGGUAGCUUUAAAAAUAGAAGUACAAACAACAUCCCGUGGAUGGCAUAGUGUUGCAUUUCCAAGUACAGAUAACUGAUGCCUACACUCCAGGAUUUGCUCAGUCACGGAAAUUCAAGUGGUGAGGCACCCUCAGUGCUACUCAUGGUUUGAGAAAGAGAAAAGGAGAAAGCAGCAGGAAGGGGGCUACCUACAGGGUGGCCUCUGGGGGACUGCAGCUGUGAUAGAGUGCUAGAGACUGUUUGCACUUUCUAGAAAGGCAAGGCCGUUUGCUUAUUGCAGAAAGAACAGCUGGAUUCACUCGCUCUGUGACUUACUUAAUCUGUCUGUAGUCAGUUUUUUCUUUUGUACUUUUUAAUUACUAAGAGAAAUUUGGCAACUUCAACAGCUUUGGUAUUUUGUGUGCAAAUCAUAAUAGCUCCAGUGUGAAAAAUCAAAGUGUCACCUGUCACUCUGUUAGGAAUUGCCUAAAAUGCAGUUUAAUAAAUGAUCUUUGUACCAAAUGGUUAUGUAAAUGGAGUAAUUUUCUGCAAGGAAAAUGUACUGUUUUUAUGUUUCCAACCCUCCUGAAUUAAAAUAAAAAACACCUUGUUUUCUAAAA